AUGGAAGUCGAUAACCCCAACACCCCAUCUACUCCGGCUGAGGACAGACGCAAGUCUGGCAGAGCAACGCGACGCCCUGAAGUCUUCUCCCAGACUAAUUACUCGGCGGCUACAGGCGAAAAGCGCAAACGUGGCGAUGUGCUUGAUGGCGGCGAUGAGUCUGACUCAUCCGAGUCUGAAAGUGACGAUGAUGAGGAGGAUGCCGACGAAGAAGAGCUUCGAGAAAAACGACGCGCGGCGCGCAAGGCCGGACCAAAGAAAGCAGGAUCCAAUAAAAGAUCACAUGCAUCGAAGAAACCCAAAGUCGCCGGAAACGGAGUCAGAAAACAACUGGCCUUUCGGCCUGCUCUCAAUGGCAGACUACCUACCUCGCGUCCCCGAAAGCCCAAGGUGCGGCCGAGCCUCGCACAGGGCGAAAGGGGCUUAUAUGCGGAUGUCUUUGGGAAAAGUAACAACGCCGAUUCUGCUGCUGCGCAAUGGUUGAAUCUGUACCAAAAAGACAGCAGCCAAGCCCUGAGGGAUUUCGUCAACUUUAUGCUUCGAUGCGCAGGCUCGGACUUAGAAAUAAGCUCCGAGGAGGUGGAAGAUGUGGACCACGCCCCUGAAAAGAUGGGGGAUUUGCAGACCAUGUACCACGAACAAGGAAUUACCGAAUAUCCUCUCAUCUCCCGUGCAAAGAAAUAUCGGUCAUUCCAGCCCAUGCUUGAGGAAUUCGCUGUAUCCCUCGUUCAGACUUUUCACCAUUCAUCGGUCCUUUACACCGAUGAAGCUCUAUUCGAGAAUAUUCAAAUCUGGCUGUCUUGUAUGUCAACAUCGAACUGUCGUCCUUUCCGACAUACAGCAACAGUCGUCGCUCUGUCAAUCAUGAAUGCUCUUUGUGAUAUUGCGCGGGAGGUUACGACGACUGUGUCGACUUCUCGAAAGCAGCUCGAAAGCGAGAAGAAAAAGAAGUCCGUCAAUAAGGGCCGAGUGGAGGCAAUCCAGACUGCCAUUUCGGAGGGUGAAAAGAAGGUUGAACAGCUUGAUGAGCAUCUUCAAGAUGGCAUUGAUACUGUCUUUGUCCAUCGCUACCGUGAUGUCGAUGGAACGAUUCGUGCAGAGUGUAUGGCUGCUCUUGGUAGAUGGAUCCGCUCAUAUCGGGAGAUCUUCUUUGAAGGACAAUAUCUACGAUAUAUUGGGUGGACCCUUGCCGAUACUGUUGCAAACACUCGUUUGGCUGCUUUAUCGCAGCUGCUACCUCUCUACGAGAACAAGGAUAACGUCGGCGUUCUCUCCUCAUUUACGGAGCGUUUUCGCCAGCGUAUUGUCGAAAUUGCUACUCAAGAUGCCGAUAUCGCCGUUCGCGUGACGGCCAUCGAGCUAUUGAUUCAUCUCCGAGAGGGUGGGUUACUGGAGCCUGGCGAUGUUGACGCUGUUGGGCAGCUUAUCCUUGACGUGGAUCCCCGAAUUCGGACAACCGCGGGUCGGUUCUUCGCAGCGAAUGUCGAAGAUGCAUUUGAAUCCCUGACAGAGGAAGUUUCGGAUGAUCUCACCGAGAUUUUUGCUGAUGACGACGAAGAUGAUUUUGAGUCUCCCAAGCGCUCAUGGAUCAAAUUCAAGUGCCUUGCCGACAUCCUUAAUGCUUAUGACGAUCAGGGAAAUGAGCAGUCGGAGUCUACAGCAACCACCCGGGGCGUGCUCUCGGGAGCACCUGCGGAUUCACGGUUCGUUCUGGCGACCGAAGCCAUCUAUCCUCAUAUGGAAGAACUUUCUCAAUGGCAGUCUCUAGCUGGUUAUCUCCUGUACGAUCAUUCUUCAAUCACCGAUGAGCCCUCUGAAGAUGACACGACGGGCGUCAUACGGAAUUUGUACAAGAUGCAAGAAGGCCAAGAGUCGAUUCUUUUGGAAGUGCUCUGCGCAUCCGUCAAGCUCCGAGUUCUUGAUGUCGCAAAAUCUGAUAUCGACAAACGAGGACGUAAGGUCAAGGCGUUGACUGCCAAGAUUCCUGAGCUUCAGGAAGAGAUUUCCCAUGGACUCGCCCAGAUAAUCCCACAACUUCUGAACAAGUAUGGAUCUUCGCCCGAGGCCGCAUCUGCCGUCCUGCGAUUAGAGCACUUGGUGGAUCUCGAAUCGAUCCAAGAUUUGCAAAAGGAUGCUACAGCUUAUUCAUCUUUACUGAGUGACAUCAACAAGCAGUUCCUUACUCAUUCGGACCAAGAUGUCUUGGCUGAAGCCAGUGUGGCAUUCCUGCAUGCUAAAAGCUCCGAGGAAAUGCGUGAAGCGCUCGAAGGCAAGGUUCAAGAAUUGUGGGACGACCUUGUAGCAGCCCUUGGAGCCUUCUCUCGCAAGAAGGAAGUUCAAAAUGGUGCUUCAAUCUCAGAACCCACUCUCACUGAUUUAACUAACACCGUGACUCGAAUCGCCAAUCUUGCUGGCAUCACAGACUGUACAACCGUUUUGGAGAAAGCGCCUUCCUCGCGUUCAAAGAACAAGAAGGAGCAACAAGAGGCUCCCUUCAACACUCUUAUUCAUCUCGUUAAACGUGGUCUUCUGCCAGAGGAGGAUGACGAGGACGUUGCCAGAGUAGAAACAGAGCUUGUCGGGAACAGUAUUCGCACCCUGCUCUUCUACUUCAUGUGGAAAGUCCAAGCUUUAUCAUCUUCCUUAGCAAGUGGAAAGGCUUCUUUCAACAGCUCGUACUUCGAAGCUCUCACCAAAAGUCGCGAGACAUUUACAUCUGUUCUUCUGGAGGUCAUGGACGCACGAUCCGGUCUUGAUGAUCUGCGGUUCGUCGCUACAUCUACCUACCUAGAUCUCCAGACCCUCUUCAGCACCCUCCGCAACGCAGGACAAGGCGUAGGCAAUGACGAAGACAUCAUCUUCCAAACACAAGGCCUCGUCCACGAAGUCCCACAAGACGCUCAAGCCCUCGUCUCCAAGAUUCACAACAUUGCCGAACGCAUCUUCGCCAAGAAAUCCGGCCGCAAACUCGAGCCGGCAGAAGACGACGCCCCUGCCUCUGAAGACGAGGAUGAUGAGGAGGAUGAAGAUGAAGGAGACGAGGCCGUGAUCAACGAGCGUCUUCGCUCCAGCAUGGUGGCUGAGCAGCGCUUGUGCGAACUGACAGGUAAACUCGUCCUUGCCAUCAUUGGCCGCGUCAUCGACGCAUCUGGCUCCAAACGCGGCAGCUUGAAGAAGCGUCUUCUUCGCAACAAAAGUGUCCUUGGCCAGAACUAUCGCGAAGUCCUUUCGUACAUGGAAGAGAGAAAGCCUCGUACUGCACCCCGUAACAAGGGCAAGCCGCCUGCUAAGCCAGCUGAAGAUCAAGCGCCUACUUCGGGCGGUAAGGACUUCAAGUCUGCGGAGCGUAUUGCCGACGACGAUGGAGAGAGCGAGCGUGGUGAGCCCGUGGAAGAAGAUGAGGACGAAGACUUGCGUGCUCGAGAGCUUGUGGAGGAGGAGGGUGUUGACCAAGAUGUCGAAAAUGACGAGUUGAACAACGGGACACCUGAACCAGAUGAGGACGAUGUCAUGGGUGACUGA